AUGACAGCCGCCACCAUUGCACCUUCCUGUUGUCAACCGCCACUGAUGCCCCCCACUAGUACCCCCCGACGGUCAUCGUCCGUGAAAUUGGAAGAUGGACGUCGGAACCAACAUAUGCAUACGCACGAUAUUGGAUCCGACAUGACCAACGACAAACAUUUUGUUCAUCGAAAGCCAUCUGAACGACGUCAGGUGGUUCGUAUUCAGAACUAUAUCAUCUAUCGGAAAACAAUCGGAGCUGGAAGCAUGGGCAAAGUCAAGUUGGCCGAAUGCUUAACAGACAAAGACCCCACAAAAAAGUACGCUGUAAAAAUCAUGCCCAAAGUCGAUCUUAGUUUGGCGGCUGCCACAGCUGAACGAUGUAAAGAUCCCAAAGAUACCCCCAAAGAACGAGAACAGCGAACGAUUCGCGAAAUGGCCAUCAUGCAUCUACUUCGCCAUCCAAAUAUAUGCCAGUUGAAAGAAUGGAUUACCGAAGGCAAUUAUUACUAUAUGUUUCUGGAAUACGUCGACGGCGGCCAACUCCUGGAUUACAUUAUCAGUCAUGGAAAGCUACGUGAGAAACAAGCUCGCAAAUUCGCACGACAAAUUAUAAGCGCUUUAGAUUAUUGCCAUCGCAAUUCCAUUGUUCAUCGAGAUCUAAAGAUUGAAAAUAUUCUGAUUACUCGGAAUGAAGAGAUCAAAAUUAUCGACUUUGGUUUGUCAAAUAUUUAUUCGCCUUCCAGCUUAUUGAAUACCUUUUGUGGAUCGCUUUAUUUUGCUGCGCCUGAACUAUUAAAAGCCAGAAAAUACACUGGUCCCGAGGUCGAUGUUUGGAGUUUCGGCGUGGUAUUAUACGUACUGGUGUGUGGUCGGGUGCCAUUCGACGAUACCAGUCUUCCGGAAUUGCAUGCUAAAAUCAAAUCAGGCAUUGUCGACGAGUAUCCCGACCAUCUAAGCAAAGAAUGUAUCGAUCUGUUGUCCAAAGUGCUCGUCGUCGAUCCAACCCAACGCGCCACUUUAUCUGCCGUUCGACAUCAUCCGUGGAUGAACAAGGGGUACGAUGAACCAGUCCGCAAUCAUUUACCUCACCGUCAGCCCUUGGAAGAUAUUGAUAUGGAUAUUGUGGAAGGCAUGCACGGAUUUGGUUUGGGGACACCUGAAGAAAUCAAACAAAGGUUGCAACACAUCAUCAGCUCUCCACUGUAUCAGCAAGCCGCGCUGAAAGUUGAUCAUAAUUACCGACUUCAAAUGAAUCAAACGUAUUCCGCCAAACCCACUUGGCGUCGAAGUCUCACACGGAAAAGAGUCCCCCUUUUGGAUGAUCCGCAAUCGUUGCCCGCCAUGUAUGAUCCACUGAUCUCCAUUUAUUACCUUGUCAAAGAACGACGCGAAUACGAUGAACGGUGUCGUUAUUUGCAAAGAAAUCAAUCACUGUAUUCCACUUCGUCCACCAUUGAUACCACUCAGCCCAGAUCUUUAGCACGUGCCAAAUCCAGCUCGCAGUUGCACCGCCGUCCUACAGACAUCGCGCAUGAUUUUGCAGCUUCACCGGCAUACAAACCGACGAGCGAGCCUUUGAAGCGGUCCACUUCCGUGCGUCUCGUCCGAUCCACGAGCGAACGUACAUCACGGUUGACCAAACGGAUAGGGUCCAUUCUUCGACGCCCUUCACUGGCUGGCGAGGAUUCCCCGCUGUCAAAAUCGCCCAAUCUCAGCUUGGACUCAUCCUCCAGGCCGGCCAUCCCACCGAUGCCAAGUUCCGGAAAGAAAUCCAUUCAUCACUGGUUGAAGAUUGAAACCGUCCCCAAGUCAGACGCCAAGUCGACGAGUGCAUGGAAUAGGCUAACCAUCAGUCCAAGAGGACGGUCUUCGUUGGACGAGACACAGAUUCGUCCCACCAUCACCGACUUGCGCUCACCGCUGCCAGAGCUUCAGACCCGUCGUUCAGGCUCCAUCAAAGAUCGACGGUUUUUCAAGGACAAUUUCUCCCAGGCCGAUCACCAUUUGAAGAGCUUUUUUCUUUUUGAUCGUCGGCAGUUGUUCCGUAGCACCCCUCAGCAAUUGAUUGAUGAGCUGUAUGGACAUUUAGAGCGCAUGAAUAUGCAGACAGAGCAGACAGAUGCGUCUACCCUGAGUUGCAAGUGGCCGUAUCGGGAAGGUAUUGCGUUUCUUAGGAACCAGGGCAUUUUCUCCAACGAUGAAGCUGUUUCCGCCGCCGAAGACAUGGCGACAUCCGGAAUAUUGCAGUUUCAGCUCAUCGUUCAUCAGGUACGAUGGGCUGGGGGUCGUCUUGCAUUAAAGAUUAAAGAAGUGGAGAACGACCCACUCAUGGACACCAAGCUCACGCGGUCCAUCUAUCGUGCUAUCCUCCAUCAUCUGGAAAGCAAGCUACAAAAGUAG